GAACAACAUCGUGAGCGCGCAUGUCAGGUUCGCUGCAGAGAUCCUGCUGUCUCGGCUCUCACGAUUAAUCGUGGGGAUGGUGCUGAUAGCGAGAGGCGGCGGACGACCUGCUUUACAUGUUUAAAUAGGUGACAAGGCCAGGUGGGGUUACAUUUAUAUGGGUCGAGCACAAAUUACUGCAGCCCUUUGUAGAAGAAGCGACACUACCAGGCCGAGGACAACGUUACUGAUGGAAUCCCCGGUCGCUGCUAGAUGGAGAAACCGAAAGGGUGGACUCAUAAAUAAUUAAAAUAAAUACCAUCUGCUGCUAAAAUAUAAGGAAAAUGCAUCUGCAUCAGGUGCUGACAGGAGCUGUAAACCCCGGAGAUUGCUGCUAUUCGGUGGGAAGCGUAAAUGACAUUCCUUUCACGGCCUAUGGUUCCGGUUGUGAUGUAGUGAUCUUGGCUAGUAACUUUGACUGCGUGCAGAUUAUCCCUGGAGCUCAGAAUGGGAACAUACAAGUGGGCUGUGUGGAGUGCUCCCACCAGCUUGGCAGGAUUGCUGCAUCCUAUGGAAACACAGUCUGCAUCUUUGAACCUCUAUCUUCCAACCCAAACAAACGCCACAAGCAACUUAACUAUCAGUGGCAAAAGACAGGGCAGUUCUUCCUUGAUGCCAUCACCUACAACCUGGCCUGGGACCCACAAGGGAACCGUAUCCUAGCAGCAACUGAGCGGCUCCAGCUGUGGGCUCCUCCACUGGCAGAUGCCCUGAUAGAGGAAGAGGAUGGGCAGAUGAGUGAAGACAAACCACACCCUGUUCUCAGUGACUGGAACUGUGUCUGGCAGUGCAAAACUGCUGCAUCUGUUCACAUUGCCAAGUGGUCUCCUGAUGGGGAGUACUUUGCAACAGUUGGGAAGGAUGACUGUUUACUUAAAGUGUGGUAUCCCACCACGGGCUGGCGUUCUGCAGUGGUGGUUCAGGACCCCUCUGACAAAAAGCCUCUUCCUGUUAACUUCUCUUUUGUUUACCUGGCUCAUCCUCGCUCUGUCACUGGUAUGUCUUGGAGGAAGACCAGCAAAUACAUGCCCAAGGGUUCGGUGUGCAACGUGCUGCUGACAUCCUGUGAGGAUGGAGUGUGUAGGUUGUGGUCAGAGACCCUGCUACCAGAAGACAGCUUACUUGGAGGACAGAUCUCAGAGAACACACACUCCUUCAGCUCUAGCCUGCCAGGCCUGGCAGGCAAUAAGGACAAGAUCCAACAUGCUUUAGAAUCAAUCCACCACCUGAAGCAUCUGCGUCGGGGCCGGCGGCGAUCCUCUGCUCUGGUGGCACACAGUGAGCUGCUGCCCUCUCAGCUUGGAACACAGGACAUGCACACUCACCACCACAUCGCUCAUCAUGCCAAUGCGCUGUGUCACUUCCAUAUCUCAGCUAGCAUUAACCCCAACACAGAUAUCCCAUCAGUGCUAGCUGACUCUGCAGUGUUCAACACAGAUGAUGGUUCUGGUGGUGGAGGCUUUGUGGUUCACUGGCUCAACAAUAAGGACCUCAGCUUCACUUCCUCUAUGGACCUCUUCAUGUUGCAGCUCCGUAAGUUCUCUGAGCAGCAACUGGACCAGACUACUGAGGAUCCUGUGGUUCCCGAAGGAACCCCUAUGAAGUUUGACUUUGAUCUGGAUGACAUAUCUGACAAAGCCUCCUCAGAUCAUGGUGAAGAGGCUGAGCCAGGGGAGCAGGGGAGCACCAAGGCAUCCUCCCCGGGAUCCAGCUCCAGCAUGCCUUUGCCCUCCAUGCUGCUGGAGAGGAAGAUGGAGACUCUGAUCACAGAGUGGAACAAGAGCCCAGACAUGUUGUUCACCAUCCAUCCUGCCGAUGGAUCUUUCUUGGUUUGGCAUGUGAAGUACUUGGACGAAUUCAACCAGGGCAUCUUCAGACAGGUUCAGGUGUCCUUCUCUUCCCGUAUUCCAGUGGCAUUUCCUACAGGUGAUGCCAACUCACUGAGUAAAAACAUUUUGAUGUACGCCUGCACUUUGACUGAGGGUCAGAGUGCCGGAGCAGGGGAGCAGGGGAGGAUGGUCCAACGUGUUUCCCACUCUGCUUCAGCCUCUGCCGGCCUUGGUUCAUCCACCUUGGCACCCUCUCUUAACCCUCACCCUGGUAUCAGUCCUGCUGUCAUGAUGGUCUCCAAGCAUGUUGAUGGAUCUCUCAAUCAGUGGGCAGUGACAUUUGCUGAGCGUUCUGCCUUCUCCAACGUACUCACCGUAUCCCACAAGUUCCGCUACUGUGGCCACCGCUUCCAUCUGAAUGACCAAGCCUGCCACACAGUGCUGCCACUGCUACUGACCUCUUCUCACCAUAAUGCUCUGCUAACCCCUCCCUCAGCCCCUAGUAGUCUGGAAGGAGAACAUCCUCCUACCUUCCCCUUUCCAAAGAGCCUUCCCAGCAGGAAGCAGAUUCGCAAUGCAGCUACAAGGACCUUCCAUGAUCCCAAUGCCAUCUACAGUGAGCUGAUCCUGUGGAGAGUAGACCACAUUGGACCCCUGUCCUGCACUGGAGGGGUUUCUGAACUGGCCCGUAUCAACUCUCUGCACACCUCUGCCUUCAGCAAUGUUGCAUGGCUACCUACACUAGUACCAAGCUCUGUACUUGGAACUUAUUGUAAUAGUGCCAGUGCGUGCUUUGUGGCAUCAGAUGGUAAAAACCUGCGUCUCUAUCAAGCUGUGGUGGAUGCCAGGAAAUUACUGGAUGAGCUGUCAGAUCCUGAAACCUCGAAACUGGUGGGUGAGGUUUUCAAUAUUGUCAGUCAGCAGUCCACUGCCAGACCUGGGUGUAUCAUAGAGCUGGAUGUCAUUACAAGCCAGUGUGGCGCCAACACCCAGCUACUGCAUGUCUUCCAAGAGGACUUUAUUCUAGGUUACAAGCCUCAAAAGGAACCAGAAGCAUAUACACCAGCCUUUCCAUCGGGUGGAGAUUUUCAACCUCCCCCGUUUUCUGAGAAGUUCUUCCUCGUGGUGAUAGAAAAGGAUCUCAACAGAAACUCUGUCCUACAGAUGUGGCACCUCCACCUCAAAUCAGUGCAGGCCUGUGUUGAUGAAGUGAGCUCAGAUUAUAGCUUCCAGAGCCAGUUAAUGGUUCCCAACCAAGUAGCGAAUGCUGACUCAUCUCCGGAGACCUCUCCGAUCAGACCCCUGCCACGAUCAGCCUCUACAGCCAACUUACAGUCAGCCAGCAAACUCAUCCUUAGCUCCAAGUUGGUGUACAGCAAGCACCUUGACCUGCCACACGGAGUGGAGGUUACCAGGGCCACCCCCUCUGCAGGUCAUCUGAGUUCCUCCUCUAUCUACCCUGUGUGCCUGGCUCCAUACCUGAUUGUUACUACCUGCUCUGACUCACAUGUACGGUUCUGGCACUGUGCUGUGGAGGGUGAUGAUGGAUAUUGUGAGGAUGAUCAAGACAGCCAUGUGUACCGCUGGGAGCCUUGGGCCCUGUUGAAUGAUGAGGAAGAUAACAGCAGCGCUGUGCGUGUGUCAGGACGGCCUGUGGCUGUGUCCUGCUCCUAUAUCGGCAGGCUGGCCGUGGCCUUUAAACAGCCACGACAAGGGCAGCUACAAGGCUUUGGAGAGGACUUCUCUAUGCAUGCAUCCAUCUACGAGUGUGAGUCUACUGGUGCCUCAGAGUGGGUCUUGGAACAAACUAUCAACCUGGAUGAUUUUACCAGACCACCAUCAACCCUAGAUCCAAGAGUCAGUGUGGACUCCAACCUCUUUGUCUACAGCCGGUCUGACCUGUACAUGAACAGAGACCACAGUUCACCCAACAUUAAGCACUACAUGCACCUGGAUUGGCUGUCAAAGGAGGAUGGAUCUCACAUCCUCACUGUGGGGGUUGGAUCCAACAUUCUCAUGUAUGGCCGUAUAUCUGGCAUGGUCACCGAGCAGACUAGCAGUAAAGACGGGAUGGCUGUUGUCACUGUUCCUCUAGGGGGCAGUAUCAAACAGGGAAUUCGCUCACGCUGGAUCCUUCUCCGGUCUGUGGACCUCCUGUCGUCUGUGGAUGGCACACCAUCGUUGCCAGUCUCCCUGUCCUGGGUGAGGGAUGGUAUCCUGGUGGUGGGCAUGGACUGUGAAAUGCAUGUGUAUGCCCAGUGGCAUCAGGACAAGAAGCCUAGUGAGGGAGAGGAGGGCAACCUAUCUUCCGCAGACAUCGCUGGUGGUCAAACCACAGGUUCCUCCUUGGUCUCUGAAGGGAGAGCCAGGUCUAAGAGUGUGUUUGAAGGGAGUGCUGCAGUGGAUGAGGCCCUUCGUGCCCCAGCAGGGCUUCAGGAAGGGGGACUGUUUGAAGCAGCUCACUUGCUGUCUCCAACUCUACCCCAGUACCAUCCUACUCAGCUACUUGAACUCAUGGAUCUGGGCAAGGUUCGUCGUGCCAAGGCCAUCCUCGCUCACCUGGUUAAAUGUAUUGCUGGGGAAGUUGCUGUGGUGAGAGAUGUGGAAGCUGGUGAGGGUGGAGCCAGGAGACAUCUGUCCCGAACCAUCAGUGUGACUGGCAGCACAGCAAAAGACACCACCAUGGCUGGCCGUGACAGGGGCAGGGACUACACAGAGAUCAACUCCAUCCCUCCCCUGCCCCUCUGCGCCCUAAUGUUGGCUGACCUAGAUACCUCGUACAAGGGAGCAGAAGAGGUUGCUAAAGGACCUAAGGUGGCCAAUGGAGAAGGAGGAAAGAAUUCCACAGAAGACCAGUAUGCUGACCUCUUCCAGGUGCCAACAGUUACCACAGAUGACUUUCUGAACUUUGCUACAGACAAACCAGAGAAGAAGUCUCGAGUUAUCAACCUAUCUCAGUAUGGACCCAACUACUUUGGACCAGAGCAUGCUCAGGUGCUGUCCAGUCACCUCAUGCACUCCAGCUUACCAGGGCUGACCAGACUAGAGCAGAUGUUCUUGGUGGCCUUGGCUGAUACUGUUGCAACCACCAGUGCUGAGGUCACCAGCUCCUCUAAUAAACUGUACACAGGAGGUGAGGCUCUCGACGAGUGUGGACUGAGGUACCUGCUGGCCAUGCGUCUUCAUACCUGCUUGCUCACCUCUCUGCCCCCUCUCUACCGCAUGCAGCUGGUCCACCAGGGCGUGUCAACAUGCCACUUUGCCUGGGCCUUCCACUCAGAAGCAGAAGAAGAGAUGCUGAACAUGAUCCCUGCCAUGCAGAGAGGUGACCCACAGUGGUCUGAGCUCAGAGCUGUGGGGGUGGGUUGGUGGAUACGCAACAUCAACACUCUGAGGAAAAUAGUGGACAAGUUGGGAAAAGCUGCAUUCCAGAGACACAACGACCCUUUAGAUGCUGCUCUUUUCUACUUGGCCAUGAAGAAGAAAGCUGUCCUGUGGGGACUCUUUAGGUCUCAGCAUGAUGAGAAGAUGACUCAGUUCUUCAAGAACAACUUCACUGAAGACCGCUGGCGAAAGGCGGCUCUGAAAAAUGCUUUUUCCCUGCUGGGAAAGCAGCGCUUUGAGCAGUCCGCUGCCUUCUUCCUACUGGCUGGAUCACUCAAAGACGCCAUAGAGGUGUUGAUGGAGAAGAUGGAGGACCUCCAGUUAGCCAUGAUAGUGGCGAGACUAUAUGAGGCUGACUUUGAGAAUUCAUCUACUUGCCAAGGCCUCCUUUAUGAGAAGGUUCUGGGCUGUAAUAGGGACGGAAGUGGUUACCACUGUUCCAGAUUGCACCCUGAUCCAUUCCUCCGCAGCAUAGCCUACUGGAUCAUGAAGGAUUACACCCGUGCCCUGGACACGCUGCUGGAGCGAAUCCCUAAAGAGGAUGAUGAGAACCCUGAUGUGAUGGUGAAAUCUUGCAACCCCGUGGUGUUUAGUUUCUACAACUACCUGAGAACUCACCCUUUGAUCAUUCGUCGUCACUUUGCAAAUCCAGAAGACACAGCAGUAACUGUGGGCCUCACUGCUGAGAAGAGCAGCGCAGAUGAGAUCAACCUUAUAGAGCGCAAGCUGUUUUUCACCACUGCCAAUGCACAUUUCAAGGUGGGCUGCCCAAUUCUAUCUCUGGAAGUGCUCUCCAAGAUUCCAAAAGUUACCAAGAAAUCUGGUUCCUCACCUCUCAGCAAAGCUUCAUCCAAGGCCAACUUAAACUCAAGCCAGCCCUUGGAAAAUGGCAUCCAGGGAAUGUUGGACUGGAGCCAGCCAGUGGUCAAGGCAGAGGAAGACGAGCUGAAGCUGGACUGGGAGGAUGACAAGGAGGAUGAUGAGGAUGAGGAUGAGGAUGAUGGUCUAACUAUGAAGAAAUCUGAGCCCAAGAAGAAAGCAGAGGGCUGGUCACACAAUGGUGGGCCCAAACUGCAGAGAGAGGAUUCGCAGGGAGAGUCCGAGGUCGAUGUGAUAGCAGAGCAGAUGAAGUUCCGUGCCUGUCUAAAGAUCCUAAUGACAGAGCUGCGUACACUGGCCACAGGCUUUGAGGUCGAUGGAGGAAAGCUCCGCUUUCAGCUCUACAGUUGGCUGGAGAAGGAAAUAGCAGCCAUGCAUAAGAUCUGCAACUACAAGGCAAAGGAAGAAGAUUCAGAGGAGGAGCACUGGGGAGAGCGUACAGCAUCAGUGGAUAUAUCAGAUGAGGCCCUAGAGCUCACAGAGGCCGGGGCCUAUGAGCGUCACCAAAUGGAGCGACGCCGUCUUCAGGCCAAACAGCAGCACUCUGAGAGACGCAAAGCUUGGCUGAGGAAGAACCAGGCCCUGCUGAGGGUGUUUCUGUCUUAUUGUAGCCUCCAUGGAGCCAAGGGAGGGGGAGUCACCUCUGUUCGUAUGGAGCUUCUGUUUCUUCUGCAGGAGAGUCAGCAGGAGACCACGGUGAAGCAGCUGCAGUCUCCUCUGCCCCUGCCUACUACGCUGCCUCUGCUGUCAGCUUGCAUUGCCCCCACCAAGACGGUCAUAGCCAAUCCCGUUCUCCACCUCAGCAACCACAUUCACGACAUCCUCCACACCACCAUCCUCAUGGAGGCCCCACCACACCCUGAGAUCAUGGUUGAUCAGGUGAAUGCUCUACACACACUAGCAGCAUCUUUGUCUGCUUGCAUCUAUCAAGCACUGUGCGACAGCCACAGCUACAGCAGCCAGACAGAGGCCAACCAGUUUACAGGGAUGGUGUACCAGGGCUUGUUGCUCAGUGAGAGGAAACGACUUCGCACCGAAAGCAUCGAAGAGCAUAUCACUCCUAAUUCUGCUCCUGCACAGUGGCCAGGUGUGUCGUCCCUGAUUUCUCUGUUGACGUCUGCCAGGGAGGAGGGCCAGCCGAGGCUCAACGUGCUGCUGUGUGAAGCCGUCAUGGCUGUUUAUCUUUCGCUGCUCAUUCAUGGCCUGGGCACUCACAACAGCAAUGAACUCUUCCGCCUGGCUGCACAUCCUCUCAACAACCGCAUGUGGGCCGCUGUCUUUGGAGGGGGGGCCAAAGUCAUAAUUAAACCAAAGAGGCCUGAAGCCCCAGCAGCAGCUCUCUCUCAGCCCCCAGCGGAGGAUGUGGACCGAUACAGACGUAGGUUCAACAUGAGGAUGCUCGUUCCCGGACGCCCUGUGAAGGAGACGCCAGCCGCUCCGCCUCCUGUGCCCGCAGUGAGACCCACCUACAGGGAGAAGUUCAUCCCCCCUGAGCUGAGCAUGUGGGACUACUUUGUGGCCAAACCCUUCCUUCCACUGUCAGACAGCAGUGCUCUGUAUGACUCCGAUGAAAGCGGUGCAGAAGAUGAUGAAGACGAUGACGAUGCCUUCCUUUCUGAUACACAGAUGACAGAGCACUCCAACCCCAACUCCUACAGCUGGGCUCUAAUCCGCCUGGCAAUGGUCAAACUGGCUCAUCACAAUGUCAAGAACUUCCUCCCUCUCACUGGCCUUGACUUCACAGACUUGCCAGUCACUUCCCCUCUCAGCAAUGCCGUGUUGAAGACUUUAGAGAACUGGGAGCAGCUUCUGUUGGAGCUGAUGAACAAGUUCGACGGCCCGCCUCCCAACUACAUUAACACUUACCCCACUGACCUCAGCGCAGGAGGUGGCCCUGCCAUACUCCGGCACAAGGCCAUGCUGGAGCCAGACAACACACCCUUCAAGACAAAGAACCACCAGUCCUUUCCAGCCCGACGUCUUUGGCAUUUCCUGGUCAAACAGGAGGUUCUUCAGGACACUUUCAUCCGUUACAUCUUUACUAAGAAAAGGAAGCAGAGUGAGUGUGUAGAGAACCACAUGGACCAUAUAAAACCAAAUGGCAUAGCAGGAGCUAGCAGUCCCUAUAAGGUGGAGGCAGAUCUGGGCUACCCAGGAGGGAAGGCUAAAAUCAUUCACAAGGAGUCUGAUAUAAUCAUGGCAUUUUCUAUCAACAGGGCUAACUCCAAUGAGAUAGUGUUGGCCUCCACUCAUGACGUCCAGGAGGUGGACGUGUCCACUCUAGUGGCUGUCCAGCCCUACACCUGGAUAGGAGAGGACUUUGAUAAGGAGUCCCACAGCUCUGACGACAUUGACCAUCGUUCCUCUCAUACCAAUAUUGCCCAGGCUAGCUCUGUCCCCUUUGCACCACCACAGAUGCAGGUGUCUGCAUCCAUGCCAUGGCUCGGCAGUGGACAGACUAGCAUGGGCGCCAGUGUGAUUAUGAAGAGGAAUCUGAACAAUGUUAAGAGAAUGACAUCACACCCCAUAUAUCAGUAUUACAUGACGGGGGCUCAGGACGGUAGUGUGAGAAUGUUUGAAUGGAACAGACCUCAGCAGCUCAUUUGCUUCAGACAAGCAGGCAAUGCUAGAGUCACUCGGCUCUACUUCAACUCCCAGGGCAAUAAGUGUGGAGUUGCUGAUGGAGAGGGCUUCCUAAGUCUCUGGCAGGUCAACCAGACAUCCUCCAACCCGAAACCCUACCUAAGUUGGCAGUGCCACACUAAGACCUGUGGGGAUUUUGCCUUCAUCACAUCCUCCAGCCUCAUCGCCACGGCCGGACAGUCUAAUGAUAACAGAAAUGUUUGCCUGUGGGACACUCUGAUUUCACCUAGCAAUACCAUGGUCCAUGCUUUCCCCUGUCACGAGAAUGGGGCUACUGUGCUGCAGUACGCUCCUAAACAGCAGCUACUGAUCACUGGAGGCCGAAAGGGCUUUGUGUGUGUGUUUGACAUCCGCCAGAGGCAGCUGCUUCACACUUUCCAGGCCCAUGACUCAGCCAUCAAGGCCCUCGCACUGGAUGCCUUUGAAGACUUUUUCGUCACUGGCUCCGCAGAGGGCAACGUGAAGGUGUGGAAGUUAGCCGGCCAUGGGCUCAUGCACUCUUUUAGCAACGAGCAUGCUAAGCAGUCCAUCUUUCGCAACAUCGGUGCCGGUGUCAUGAAGGUGGAGACAUGGCCCGGUAACCGCAUCUUCACUUGUGGAGCAGACGGCACCCUGAAGAUGAGGGUCCUCCCUGACCGCUACAAUAUCCCCAGCAGCUUGGUUGACAUUCUGUGAUGCCUGCUUCCACUUCUGAGGGUCCAGAGGACAAAUACAGAGAGAAAAAAGCUUAUGUAACACUCGCUAGGCAGUAACAGUAUAAUUAAUGAGGCAAGACUCCGUCAAAAGAUCACCGUGCUUUUGGCAUGUUUCGAUGUGUGCAGUAUUCAUGGGUUUGUUGAUGUAAAUCAUAUCCAGAAUAACAAAUGGAGCUACAGUACAUCAUAGGUUUUUUUUUCUAAAGGCUGAAAGCAAAGAUGGAAGGAAAAUUUAUCAUACUUGAUUUUAAAGCUAGAUUUAUUGUAAUUUAAUUCAAGAAUCUCUACUCUGAGUGUGUCCAUAGAGAAGCUAUGCAUGUCCUGUUCUCGUUAUGCGGUGCAAUCACAGGUCUAUUGAUAGUGCUCUGUAAAAGUGCUCAAGCAAAAGUUUUAAGUGUGUAACUGUCGUCAUUUUGUGCCCACAGCUGAAAUCUCUUAGCAUCUUCUUUACCCAGCACUGUUUGUUAAGUCAGUGGUUUCCAGUGUGAAUCUGCAUUUUGUUUCAGUGGUUUUAACCCCCGACCCCCACCCCACCCACCCUCUUCCACCCUUUUGCUCAGCUUUUCCCAGCGCUUAUGGAGGACUUAGAUGGUGCAUUGCUCCGAUAGCGAAACCCCCUACCCCUGUUUCACUAGCUGCCCGUCGCUCACUCUGGCCUCUCCCGGUUUGGGCGCCCAGUGUGUGUUCACUCUGCUGUGUCUGGCAUCUGCACACCUGCCCUCAAAUGCCUGUUUGUGUGGCAGACCCACUGCAAGAACAUUCCUGUUUGGAAGAUGAUGUUUUACUUCUGUGAUUGUGAUUUCAGUGUUUCCAUCAGUCUGGUCCAAACCAAAACACUCAUCCACCUGGAGCAAGAAACACAAAGAUUCACAUCUUGUUUUGCACAAAAUAUUCUUGAAUUUGUUUUUUUAAUUUGUGUAAUUUUAUUAUUUACAUUGUUUGUUCGGUUGUUCCUAUCUAACUUAUUGCCUUUUAUUUUACGAAUGUAAGAGAUUUUACUGUAUCUGACUGGGAGAUGUGCAGCACAGUCUGUUGUAUGCAAGUGUGUGUUACCUCGCUAGGUUUUUACCAUUUCACCCGUAAGGAAUAGAUAUUUGCACUCAAAUUCUGGAGACACUAAAAGUUUAUUUGAAACUGAGAGGUUAUUAAAGAGGAACCUGUUAUAUACAAAUGAAUGUCUGGCUUUG